ACUACCCGGUUCAUUAACUAAUCAAGGUGACAGGAUGUCGAUGUUGGACAUUUGGUGGCUUCCUGAUUGGAUCCUGCUGCUUGUCGUGAUCGCAGUCUUGACCGUCCUAUAUUCCCGCUACUUCGCCGAUAACAGAGUGAAGUAUGGUGUACCGGGGCCAGACCGGUGGCCCCUGUUAGGACACAUGCCUCUUGGGAUAAAACUUGGCUUCCUUGAGUUCUACACGCAUCUAAGCUAUAAAUACGGUAAGGUGGUUGCCUUGUCUCCAGGUAGCUUAGACGCAAGGAUUGGAACACUUAUUAUAUCCGACCUGGACAUGAUCAAAGAGAUCUUGGUCAAGCAGGGGAGCAUCUUCACUGACCGAAAUGUUGAUGAAAAUACCCAGCUGAAACCUUUGAACAAAACGGUAGUUAGUUUGAAGGGCGACGAGUGGAAACAAGUACGUAGCACGAUGACACCAACAUUUAGCUCUGGGAAGUUGCGUCAAAUGAAUGGGUAUAUUGUGGAUUGCGCAAAGACAACAGUGAAAAAUCUUCAGGAAAUUGCCAAAAAAGAUGGAAGUUUUGAUGCGGAGGAAAUCUGGGGAGCCUUUGCCAUGGAUAGCAUCUGCGCCACUGCUUUUGGAAUCAAAGUUGACUCCCAGAACAACCCUGAGGAGCCCUUUGUUACCAAUGCAAGACAGUUACAGAAUGCCAAUCUGGCAAACCCUAUUCUUCUGCUCUUUCUUUUUAUUCCUCGUUUGAUGGUGUGGUUUGAGCCGCUCCUUCCAUAUCUUGUUGGAAGUUUUAUUAAGCCUAUCCGUUUUUUUCAACAUGCAACGGAUGAACUUUAUGAUGAAAGCCAGAAGACCAAAAAUGAGAAGGCCAUUGAUUUUGUCCACCUGAUGCAGAAAGCCCAUGAGCUUCAUAUGGAUAAUGAUGAGCUGGCAGAUGAUGUGAAGGAGGUUGGGAAGUGGAAGAAGAGGGCCCUGACAAGGGAUGAGAUUGUGGCCAAUGGAAUAGUGUUUUUCUUGGCAGGAUUCCGUAACACAACGGAAACGCUGAGUUUCAUGUGCUACAACUUGGCCAUCUACCCUGAAAUCCAAGAGAGACUGCAGAAGGAGAUAGAUGACACCCUCCAGGGAACAGACCCCAGCUACGACAAUGUGGCCUCUCUGCAGUACCUGGACCAAGUGAUGUCAGAAACCUUGAGAAUGUACCCUCUUGGCUUUGUGUUGGACCGUGUCCCAAAUCGGGACACCACAGUGAAAGGUUUGUUAAUCCCCAAAGGGACCUGUGUUAUCGUUCCCGUCUACGCCAUUCACCAUGACCCAGAGCUUUACCCGGACCCUGAGAAGUUUGACCCCCAGAGAUUCACCCCAGAGGAGAAGGCAAACAGGAAUCCCUAUAGUUACAUGCCAUUUGGAAUGGGACCACGGAAUUGCAUUGGUAUGCGCCUGGCGCUGCUUCAGAUGAAAGUUGCGAUAGUGAAGGUGCUCCAGAACCUCACUUUCAAAACUUGUGAGAAGACCCAGAUACCGAUGAAGUUCAUGAAAAGUCGCCCAAUGAAACCCGAAAAAGGAAUCUGGCUCAAGGUUGAGGAAAGAUGCCCAUGAGUGCAGGGCACUUGUGAAGCUGCAGUAUUCUUUUAAUGAUCAAUUUUUUUAACGAUGGAGGCGGGUUUAAUGUUCAUUCAUGUUAUGUAAUAUCAUGGAAGUUUUUGAUCUAUCAGUUUUUUUUUUUUUAUAUUCUCCAUUUGUAAUAUUUUAAUUUUAUACUUAAAAGUUUCUGCAGGUAAUUUCUGUAUUCUUGUUUGAUGCAAACCUAAAUUUUAAAGUGAUCUGUGAUUCUAUCAUUUUU